AAAACCUCACACUUCAUUAAACUAGAAAGAAGGAAGAGGAGAGAGAAGAAGGCAUCAAAGGACACAUCGCCGCUCUCGGCCCACUUUAAAGCAUCCACAGCGCGACGCACCACAGCAAAGGCCACCCCACCCCAUCGGCAAUAAAAGGCCAAAAACAGAGCGUAGGCGAAGCAAAUCUCGCACAACCUCCCGAGCAAGACGACGCCUUUUUGCUUUCUGCUGCUUCUCCGUCGCCUCUUCUUUGUAGAGCAAUGGCCGCCUCGGAGGAGCGGAGGAGGAUGGGGUUCCCCUCGGCGGCGGCGGACGAGAGUUUCUGAGGCGCGGUGAUGCGCGCUCCUGCUGCCGAGGAGCCGGAAGAAGGAGGUGGUGGGAGGUUUGUGAGGGUGGUAAGUGCGUUGGGUGGGGAAAGGUUGGAUUUUUAGCGGUAUGCUUGGAGGGGGCGAGAUGGCGAUGGUAGUGAGCGGUAAGGAGGCGGGGAAGGGCCAGCAGCAGGCGGCGGCGAUGGAGGCGGGGAAGUACGUGCGGUAUACUCCGGAGCAGGUGGAGGCGCUCGAGAGGGUCUACAACGAGUGCCCCAAGCCCAGCUCCCUGAAGCGACAGCAACUCAUACGGGAGUGCCCCAUCCUCUCCAACAUCGAGCCGAAGCAGAUCAAGGUCUGGUUCCAGAACAGAAGGUGCCGGGAGAAGCAAAGGAAAGAAGCCUCUCGUCUCCAAACAGUGAACCGCAAGCUCACUGCCAUGAACAAGUUGUUGAUGGAGGAAAACGAUCGGCUGCAGAAACAGGUGUCUCAUCUUGUUUACGAGAAUGGCUACAUGCGUCAGCAACUGCAUAAUCCAUCUGUAGCAACCACCGACACCAGCUGUGAGUCUGUAGUUACAAGUGGUCAGCACCAUCAUCAACAAAACCCAACGCCUCAGCAUCCACAGAGGGAUGCUAACCCAGCUGGUCUUCUUGCAAUUGCUGAGGAGACCUUGGCAGAGUUCCUAUCAAAGGCUACUGGAACUGCUGUCGAUUGGGUUCAGAUGGUUGGGAUGAAGCCUGGUCCGGAUUCUAUUGGAAUCAUUGCUGUUUCCCACAAUUGUAGUGGGGUAGCAGCUCGAGCCUGUGGCCUUGUGAGUCUAGAACCCACAAAGGUUGCAGAGAUUCUCAAAGAUCGUCCAUCUUGGUAUCGUGAUUGCCGUUGCCUCGAUGUGCUUACUGUUAUUCCUGCUGGUAAUGGAGGGAAUAUUGAACUUAUAUAUAUGCAGACAUACGCACCUACUACUUUGGCAGUGGCACGAGACUUUUGGACGCUGAGGUAUACUACAGCUCUGGAAGAUGGCAGUCUUGUGAUCUGUGAAAGGUCAUUGACUCCUGCGACCGGUGGUCCUGCUGGGCCACCUGCACCAAAUUUCGUUAGAGCUGAAAUGCUUCCCAGUGGCUAUCUAAUUCGACCGUGUGAAGGGGGUGGUUCAAUGAUUCACAUCGUUGAUCAUGUUGAUCUAGAUCCAUGGAGUGUACCAGAGGUUCUUAGACCCUUGUAUGAAUCACCAAAAAUUCUGGCGCAGAAAACAACAAUUGCUGCACUUCGAUACCUGACACAAAUUGCUCAAGAGAUCAGUGGUGAAGUUCCAUAUGGUGGUGGUCGACAACCUGCUGUCUUAAGGGCAUUCAGUCAGAGAUUGAGCAGAGGUUUCAACGAUGCAGUGAAUGGAUUUUCUGAUGAUGGUUGGUCUUUGCUGGGUAGCGAUGGUGUUGAGGAUGUGACGAUUGCUAUAAAUUCAUCUCCAAACAAACUUCUUGGUUCUCAUGCAAACCCUUCAGCAUUGUAUUCAACCCUUGGAGGUGGCAUUUUAUGUGCAAAAGCAUCAAUGUUGCUGCAGAAUGUGCCACCUGCUAUAUUGGUUCGCUUUUUGAGGGAGCAUCGUUCGGAAUGGGCAGAUUGUGGUGUUGAUGCUUAUUCUGCUGCAUCAUUGAGAGCUAACCCAUAUGCAGUUCCUGGUGUUAGGGCUAGCACCGGGUUCUCGGGUAGUCAGGUGAUACUUCCUCUUGCACAUACUGCAGAACAUGAAGAGUUCUUGGAGGUGAUCAGGCUUGAGGGUCAUGGUUUUAACCAAGAUGAUGUCAUUUUGUCAAGGGAUAUGUACAUGUUGCAGCUUUGCAGUGGAGUUGAUGAAAGCGCUGUUGGUGCCUGUGCUCAGCUUGUUUUUGCACCUAUUGAUGAAUCUUUUGAUGAUGAUCUACCUUUGCUACCGUCAGGUUUUCGCGUUAUACCGCUGGACCCUAAAACAGAUUCUCCCGCCACCACACGAACACUUGAUUUGGCAUCCAUGCUAGAGAUUGGAUCUGGUGCCACUGCACGCUCAGUUAAUGAGACUGCUUCGAGUACAUACAACCUGCGAUCGGUCCUCACAAUCGCCUUCCAGUUCACAUAUGAGAAUCACCUCCGAGAUAAUGUGGCAGCAAUGGCCCGGCAAUAUGUGAGAAGUGUGGUCGCCUCGGUGCAGAGAGUUGCUAUGGCAAUUGCACCUUCUCGACCGGGCUGUCAGAUUGGUGUAAAGCAUCCACCUGGUUCUCCUGAAGCACACACUCUGGCACAAUGGAUUUCUCGGAGCUACAGGGCUCAUUCUGGAGUUGAGCUCUUUCAGGUAGACUUACAAGCUAAUGAUUCAUUGCUGAAACUGCUUUGGCACCACCCAGAUGCUGUCAUGUGUUGUUCUUUGAAGGCUUCACCUGUCUUCACCUUCUCCAACCAAGCUGGUCUAGAUAUGCUUGAAACCACUCUGAUAGCUCUUCAGGACCUCACACUGGAAAAAAUUCUUGAUGACAAUGGCCGCAAAGUGCUUUGCUCGGAGUUCCCCAAGAUCAUGCAGCAGGGCUUCUCUUAUCUUCCUGCUGGUAUCUGCCUGUCGAGCAUGGGAAGGCCGGUGUCGUAUGAACAAGCUGUCACAUGGAAAGUCCUGAACGAAGAGGAUUCACCCCAUUGCCUGGCUUUCAUGUUUGUGAACUGGUCUUUUGUUUGAAUGCUCUGAGCAAUCCCAGUCUUCUAAAUCAUCUAGUGCUUGAUGGAACUCGAAAGAUCUUCCCUUUUUGUUGAA